AAACCCCACCACAAAAACGGAUUGGCAGACAAUAUUCAAAUGAGAUCACGACUCAUGCAAACUAGUCCUUCAUUAGCAUUUUUUGGCCAAUAAACCUCGUCUAGAUCUAGCCUUUUUUUCCUGGGGAGAAGACUCAAGAAUGCAUUCUCAUAACAGUGCCUAGUAUUUCCACUUUGUGCUCUCUUUAGUUAUGUCUGUAUAAUUUAGAAAUGUGUAUCUGUCUGUCUGUGAGUCUUUGUUCAAGAACUCAUAAGUGGUAAAAGCUAGGAUUGCCAAAUUUUGUUGCAGCUUCCUCUUUUCCUAACUUAAAGCAAGGUCAGGGUUUGGCUGUGCCAAGAAAACAGGAAGUACCAGGAAUGGGAUUGUGUUCUAUAUCAUGCAAAGGGAGGGGCACAGAGGAGGGAUGUGAUACUGAGAGUAGCCACUGGGGGGGCAACUGCACCACAAAGAUAGUGGCCAACAAGGCUGGGGCUCUGCCUUCUUAACAAAUAAGUAGCCCUCCGGCCUUUCAUACCCUUGGUGAUAAAAAUAAAGGCCCCUGGUGGCUCCAGCCUCCUCUGUUCCUCCAAAUCCUCAAGGCCUUCUCCUGAAGGACCUGGGUAACACCAGGUAAGUCUUCUAGUGUGUUUAUACUAGAUGUAUACAUAGUUGCUUCUCUUUUUAAAUAUGUCUAUACGCUUAUUUACUUCCAAAUUCCUAAAUGUUUCUUUCCUUUGCUGUUAAUUUCCUUCAAAAUUUUUUGCUUUCCCCAUAUUACUUGUCCCUCAAAUUUGAUUAUAUACAGAAAUUUUAAAAUAUAUAUGUAAUGCUACAUUGCUAUUGUAACAUAAUCUUUAUAAACUUGGAUUGAAUUUUGUUGCAUUUUUUGUGAAACAGCAUUUCCUUAGCCUUCCAUCCAUCAGCACCACACAGACUUCAGCCAUUAUAGCAAAAUGUCGCCAAUUGUCACUGAAGUCUGUGGCACUUCUUAUGUAAAUAAAGGGACAUAGGAUUGGACCUUUAACUUGACACUGUAGCUUUUCUACACUUACAUUAGUCCUCUGUCUUUGAGCUUUUGCACUGACAUAAUUUAUCAUAUAGCCAAGUUUUAAUCUCUGUAAUUAUUACUGAAAAAUAAAAUGGUGGGUUAUUUGCCAGGUUCUAACCUAAAGUGGAAACAAAAUGGCCAACAGAUUAAACUGAAAAGAUCUACAGCUGUUAAGAAUUUUAACUCUAGCUAUACUAUUGGAAUUUCUGCAAGAAGCCUUACUUUGCAAGUUUCCAACAAAUGUGCGAGCCCUUUUUCAGAGACUAGUUAGUUUAAUGUGGGCCACAGUUGUCAGCUGUGGUAACAAAGUGGGGAGUAGAUUUUUCAGUGAACCUAUCUUUGCAUAUCCAAGUGGCUCCCUAUGGGCUUUUUUAAUGGUGCCAUCUGUAGCUUGAUACAGCUUGUGCUGGGGUAAUGGGAAGUGAGGCAAAAAUGUCCAAGUCACCUUUUAUGCCUGCCUCGGUCAUCAGUCCAACCAGGGCCAAGAUCAAUCAGAAUGCCGUGGAUUUAUUCGGCCCUCCUGUGCUACGUGCACAGAGGAUAGGAGAGCCAGCUACAAUGAUUCCCAUUGACCAAGUGACUCUUUAGCUGUUCUUUUAGGAUCAUGAAGGAGGGAAAAAAUAUAAUGCUUAAAAAAUGUAUGAAUUAUUUUGUCACUCAAGUGCCUGUAUAUAUUGAAGAGUUCAAGUGUGACAACUGUUUAAAAAGAGUGAACAGAAAUAAUAUAGAUCAAUCCCAUAGUGGUGGUGUGGAAUUUCUGAAUGUCUCUUCUACACCCUCUACAGGCAUGGAGCUUCCCUUUGUUAAUGGAUAAAGAGAACAGAAAGGUUUUGAAGAGACCAACCAUGCAGAGAACUGUGUGUUUACAUUAUUGUUCAGUGUGUGGAGUGUCUGCCUACCCUAUUUUCCUUUAUUUUGGCUAAAAUAUUAUUUACUUCUGGAGUAAAAUAUGUCAAUGUUCAAAGAGCAAAGAAUGUAUUAAUUACAUACAUUGGAAUUUGGUAGACACCCUUGAUACACCAUCUUCUAAAUACUUACAGCUGAAAUUAAAGCAAUGCAGUUGCUUUGGGAGUGUGUGUGUGUAUAGUUGUCUGGAUCUAAAUGGUUACAAGGGGUUCUCUGCUAGUGAAGGGGAGGGGAUAGUGAGAGUGCAUUCCCAAAAAAGUACAUUCCCAAAAUAAGUAGCUUACAUCACAGACCUCUUCAGUUUUCCCACACUUCUCUCCUAAUUAUUGUCCCGCAGGACAGCUGAUCUAUUUCAAACAGGAAGUUGUUUACAGAUAACACUUGCAACUGUUCUGUCUGAUUUGUUGAACUGUCGAAAAGCAAAAGACAACAUCUUUUCAAAUUAAAAACUGUCAGAUUUCUGUAAACAGCAGCAUGAGGGUCAUUUAUGCAGUUUUCCUGCAGGCAGCGUGUGCUCUGCAGUCCCCAUUUUCUCAGCAAUCAUAAGGAGUCAGUGACCAGCAAGCACUCAUUAUGAAGAGAGAUCUGUUUUUUCUGGUGACUCUAAUUAGCCUUGCCUUCCUGUCACUGUUAAGAUCUGGAUAUCCUCAACAUAUUGCAGAAGACUCCUGCUCUGUUCAGAUUCUUGUUCCAGGCCUCAAAGGGGAAGCUGGAGAAAAGGGGGAGAAAGGUGUUCCAGGGAGGCCAGGGAGAGUUGGACCUUCAGGAGAAAAAGGAGAAAUGGGGGACAAAGGACAGAAGGGCAGUAUGGGUCGCCAUGGAAAAAUUGGUCCCAUCGGUUCAAAAGGUGAAAAGGGAGAUAAUGGGGAUAUAGGGCCACCUGGUCCUAAUGGAGACCCAGGCAUCCCCUGUGAAUGUAGCCAGCUCAGGAAGGCUAUUGGUGAAAUGGAUAUCCAAGUGGCCCAGUUGACGACUGAAUUAAAAUUCAUAAAAAAUGCACUGCCCUCCCCCGCAGCUGUUGCUGGUGUGCGUGAGACAGAUAAUAAGAUAUAUCUACUGGUGAAAGAAGAGAAGAGAUAUAUGGAUGCCCAGCUCUACUGCCAUGGAAGAGGAGGAACACUGAGCAUGCCUAAGGAUGAGAACACCAACAGUCUGAUUGCGUCUUACAUCAGUCAAGCAGGGCUCACCAGAGUUUUCAUUGGGAUCAAUGACCUAGAAAAAGAGGGUAAUUUUGUGUAUUCUGAUCGAUCACCCAUGCAGACCUUCAACAAAUGGCGCAGCGGCGAACCCAAUAAUGCGUAUGAGGAGGAAGACUGUGUGGAAAUGGUGGCUUCCGGUGGAUGGAAUGAUGUUGCCUGUCACAUUACAAUGUAUUUUGUUUGUGAAUUUGACAAAGAAAAUGUGUGAAAAUGUCUGUUCCUCCCCCCUCCCAUUUGAAGGAGAUUGUGUAACUUACCCAUUGUUUAUAAAGUACUAGUUAUAUUUUACAAGUAUAUGACAUCAGUGUUGUACAGCUGUAAAUAUAAUUAGGUAUUUCAAAUAUCAAUAUUUACCCUUCAGAAGGGAAGAACAUAGUUAAAAAAGACGUAGUUUGCCUUGCCCUAAGAAAAUAUGUAUUUAGAUAAAAAUGCAAAUCUGGUCUAUAUUCUACCCUUACUGCAAUUAAUGAAUGAGAUUGCAUGACAGCACCGGAGGGCAGAAUUAUGCUCUUUGUUGUUAUAAAGUUAUUUUGGAAGACAUAGAUUCUUUAUAUUGUUUUAUCUUAACAUUUUAAAUUUGUAGUUGUUAAUGUUAGUUGCUCAUACUGGUACAAAGGUAAUAUUUCUGGCUAUUUCAAGCCAUUGGGAAAAGUUUUUGUAUAUUCCAGAUACUUAGUACAACUAUUACUCUAGAGUUCCGAAUGAGCAGGAUUUGUACCUGUUUCUGUGCCACAUACAUGAGCAAACCAAGCCAUCAAUUCUAUUAUUUUUGUAAUAUCUUUUAUUAAAUUGUUGGCAGAUAACACAGAAACUCACUUUAGUGAACAAGCUCAUUCAUACUUUCUUGGGGAGUCUAAAGGGCUCAUAUUUCAGUACCGAAAGGAGAUGAGCCAACUUUGUGUUUCUUCAGAAAAUGAAGGCCAUGUUGUUUGAUGAAUACAUCAUGCGUGUCACAAUAUCGUCGUUGUCCAGCAGUUUAUUUCAGUGGGACAAAUGCUCAAGUCUACACUUAGCUGUCACUCAGUCUUUCACCUGAUAUCAGCUGAUGCUUUGCCUUGGCAAGGACUUUCUAAAAAGGGUCAAGUUCUCUAUCUGUCAGCAUUACGCAGGCAUAAAUGAGCCCAGCUCCAUCGACUUUAAUGGAUUCCAUUCACUUGCCCCAGCAGAGAAUUUAUCUCUGAGUAAGUACUUCAGGAAUUGGCCCUUUAUUUUGUUGCAUCUUCUCUUAAACAAAAUCGUAUUUAUUAAAAAAAAUCAUUACAUUUGUAGGGACGUGGUUCCAAAUUAAUGCAGUAAGUCAUUUUGCCCAACGUACUUGUGAAUCCAAUUCACCACUGCAUGUGACUGAAAAAGGUGGUAUAUUUUUGGAUGUAAGAGAACAAAAAGAGUGAUGAAUGUUGGAUAUUUGUACUGGCCCAUUGCAAUUCCUCUCAUCUUUUAGUCACCUACUCUACUGUGUGAACCUCUCUUAUGUUUUUCAGAAAUGUGCGCAAAUAUUUUAAAUCACUUAAUUCACCCUAAAUAUGAAACAAUCACAAAACAUGUAUAAUCGGUCUGGAAGAGAUAUCUGGAAGAAACUCAAAAUAGGCUUGGCAUGUGCUUCUGGAUAGCCUCCAUAUAUUAGGCAGGAUUGAACCAAAUAAAUAACUACUGUACACUGCAACAGUUAAUGGAAGAUCAAUGACCAUAGGAGUUUUGCUCAGUUCUACAAAACGUGACAUUUGAAACUACAUGUUAAUUUUAUUCUUGAGGGAAUAAACAAUUUUAUCCUGGCAUGCUUACUGUUGUAAAGUUGAACCUGUUACAUACACAUAAAGGUUUACUCAGGGACUCCUAAAACUGGCAGAAUAUUAUUCUAACAUGAAAACCAUACAGGGUAUAGUAUGAAAGAGCAAUAACUGAAAUCAAAAUAAUGUAUUCAGUGUAUUUUACAUAGCAAGGGUGUUUCAUAAUAUAUCUCUGGCACGUUUGAAAAUAUGUUAGAGAGAGACCUGAUAAGUGAAUAGCUCACUCACAAUGUGUGGCUAUAUUGUGUCUAUGAAUUAUAAACUUGUUUAGAUCAAAAAGAAGGGGAAGACCAAAGAUAAGUAACGUUUAUUAGAACAUUUAUUAGAAUUCUAUAAGGAAAUUGAUUGACUCUCUUUACAUUAGUUCAAAUAACAAUGAAUUUAAUACUGAAUUGAUGGUCCUUAUAGAAGUCUGGCUUGAUCUAAAUCCUGACUCAGGUCCGGGAGACUUAUUUUAUGGGGUUCUGACUUUCAUUCUUUUCAUUUCAGUCUAUCAGCUAACCCUCAGCUUUCUAGCUCCCAAUCCCAUGGAAAUGUGUGUGUAUGUAUGACUUAGUCUCCAUCUUUUAACUGGACAGUCCAGCUUUCUCUGUGUCUCUGUCUGUCCUCUGGUGUUUAGUGAUCCUCUGACACUUUGGGGUUUGUAAUGAAUCUUCUGUGCCUCUUACUUGCUUUAUGCAAGGCACACAGGAGGUGUAACCAGGCACAGAUAAAGAACCAUCUCCCUUCUAACUCUACAAGGAUGUCUCUGCCUCCCUGUUCCUUCUCCUCACUGAAGAACCUUGCAGUACCGGACCUGUCCAUCAGCAUCACCCUGUGAAACAAUGCUCUGAGGAUGGACCUGAGCCUGCUAUGGUGAUGGAGAGGUGCCUGACUAUUCAAAGUUCCUGGAAGAGGAAACUGAUUUUGUGUUUUGAUGGGUGUGGACUAUUUGGAAGGGGGAAAUUGUUUUGUUGGGAGCUGGUUUUAUGGGGGGGAAGGGGAGAGAACUGACCACGUGAGUGGGGAACUGAUUAAUUCUGGCAGGUGAAAGGAGAACUUUCACCUGCCAGUAUGUGGAAUGAAUAUUUGGUGAGGUGUGGAAGAGGGGUUUGUGGAAAGGAGGAGACUUGCAUAGUUAAGAUGUUUUGCAUAGAUGAGGAACCAGAUAUGAAUUCUCUCCUCCUCCUCCUCCUCCUCGUCCUCCAAGGGAGCAUUUCAAUUUAGCAUAGGGAGGACAUUACUUUUAGGGAAGGGAGGGACACAGAGGGAGAAAAAGAUGAGAAGCUGUGCUGUUGAGAGUAUGUAUACCUCCUGUACAUGGUUCCUAGAUGAGUUCUCAGGCUUUUUAGUAGGCCAGUGUGGACAGGUCUGUAGAUGAAUGACUGUGCACAGUCCCACCAAAAGGGGGAAAGGGGUCUGGGAUUCUUGGCUACUGCUAUUGCAUGAGUGGCAGUUGCUAGAGCUCUUGGCCCUUUAAAUUGCCACUAGAACCCUGCACAGCAUGCUCCCACCUGCAAUGAAUGCUGCCUAGAGGAGGCCUGAUGUGCUCUGGGUGGUGCAGUGGGCUGCCUAAGGGAGGCUAGCCCAAACCCUACCCCUUCCUUCUGAGGCCUUACACCUUCCGGAGCACAGUGUCACCCUCCACCCCCUGCCUUGCUCACAGCCUCAGCAAGUCUGCUGGCCAUCCUGCCUGCGUGUGUUCAACCAGAACACAACAGUCUGCUUCCUUCCAGCAGGAAGCCUGGGAACACCAACCCCACCCAUAAAAAUAGAGUUAUUGGCUCAUAGAGUUUAAGGACAGAAGAAACUGCCAGAUCAUCUAAUCUGCUCUCCUGUUCAUCACAGACCACAAACACCAGCCGUCUACAUGCACAUAAAGCACAAUCAUGGGAAUGAGACCCUAGUAUUACAGGUUUUGGGAGCCUAAGCUAUUAUGUGCCACAGGCAGAGAAUAGGUAGGACCGGGAUGCACCAGUGCCAGACAUGAAAGUUAUGAAUAUAAAACAGAGCUUCUCUUUCCUACUGAGAUGGGUGACAGAAUGAGCCUGAGGAGGGACAGAGAGAGGGUAGAGGAGAGAAUGCGUGAGAAAGCAGAAGGAAGAGGAGUGUAUGGGAGAGGUGAGUGCAAUUGAGCGUGUGCUUUUGUGAAAGAAAAGACAAUAUGAAUGGGUAGGGAUGUGUGACGAGAAAGGGAGGAGCCCAACUAAACAGCUUGCCUCUGGCCACCUGGAGGAUGUCUAUAUUGGGAUAAGAGGAAUGUAGCAUUGCUGCAGCUGGCCGGGACAGUGGAACUUAAGCUGCUGGACUAUAACAUUGCAGUUGUAUGGGCUUGGACUGGAGCUCAGGCUCUGAGAUGCUAUGAGGGAGAAGGUCUCAGAGUCUGGGUUCCAGCUUCAGCCCAAAUGUCUACACUAUACUUUUUAGAUCAGUAGCUUAAGCCCCGUGAGGCUGAAUCAGCUGGCCUGGGCUCCGAGACUCAGUGCCAUGAGGUAUUUUUUAAUUGCAGUGGACCCAUAAUUCCUUACUGUUGGCUGUGAACAAGUACCAGUGCUCUUCAUGCUUUUGAUAUAGUAGGGCUAUUGGAGAGCCAGACAAGGGGAAUGAGGUAAUAUUUUGUUGGACCAACUUCUGCUGGUGAGAGAGACAAGUUUUUGAGCUUACACAGAGCUCGUCUUCAGAUCUGGGUUUCUCUUGGAGUAUUUGGGGGAGGUUGUUUGUUGACAUGAUCCACUUUUCUGGUGGAGUAUCCUCUCACCAACAGAGGCUAGUUCAGUAAAAGAUAUUACCUCACCCCUCUUGUCUCUAAUAUCCAGGGGCUGGCAUAGUGACAACAACACUGCACACUAGUAGGGAUAUGUUACUGACUGCAUACUACUGGGGGCAUAAUUCAACACUGGUAACUCCAAGGCUAGAUACCUAGCAUUGGUGCCUGUCUGUUCUUGUAAGUAUAAAAAUAUUAAAUGCUGUCAAACAUUCAACUGUCACUGGUCUGCUGUUUAAUGGUGUCUGUGAUACCAUACUAUCAUCUAGUGGCAGUAAGAGGCAAUUAAGGCUAUGUCUAUACAACAGUUUAUGUCAGUAUAAUUUGUCAGUCAGGGUUAUGAACAAAUGAGGUCCCCACAUGACAUAAGUUACAGCAACAUAAGUGCCGGUAUAGGCAGCACUAUAUCAGUGGGAGACCUUCACACUGGGUACUAUCUAUGGUAGCUAUGCCUUUUUGCACUCUUUGCUUUUCUGAAAGCUGAUUUAUAACAGUAGAUUUAGUACGUUGGUGCCACCUACAAGAGGAAAGGUCUGAUACACAUUACAGCAGCCUCAAGUCACAUUUUAUUCCUGCUUCACCCUCCAGUGCAGUCAUAAUUAUAAGUAAGUGCAAAAUUUCAGGAACUGGACAAUUAAGUUUUGCAUUCAAUUAAUUGUUUAUCUUUCACAGUGAUGAAAUGUAAUGUAAUGGGAUAGCAUAAAACUGCAAUUCCUUAACUUUAUUAUUACAAAACAGCAUCCUGUUCCACGUAUCAGCUCUAUUGUUUUUGUCUUAAUGUAUUUCCCUGCUGUUUUAUCUCCAUAAUUCCAUGCUGCUCUGGUCAAAAAUUUAAUAGAGAAGUUCUUCUUUGAGUGCUUGCUUAUGUCCAUUCCACGUGGGUGUGUGUGCACCACAUGCAUAAGUUCCAGAAGCUUUUAACCCAUAGCAGAACUUGCUGGGCCAGCUGCGGAGCCUUCUUGAGUGGCGCCGGCAUAUCAGCACAUAUAUACCCCUGCUGGCCCUUCACCCCCUCAGUUCCUUCUUACCGCCCGCCUGUGAGGGUUACUGGAAUGCUCGGCUUGCUAUUUACAAGUAUACCCUUAGCACCCCUUUCUCUCCAUAUUUUCUGUAAAUAGUCUUGUAAUCAGUUGAGUGUUGUUUAAGUACCUGUUGAGAUUAGUGUAGUUUGUUUAGGUACAGCACUCCCAAAAGGGGGGAGUGCUGCAGCCCCAAGGCUUCAAACCCUUUGCACGGUGCCUGAAGCCUAUGCCUUGUGAAGACCCGCAUAAAGAGUGCUUAAAGUGCCUAAAGUCACUUAACUGAUUCCUGUAGAAUCCACAAGUGCUUUAAACCAAGGACCAAAUGUGAGUGCAACUCCAGACUGAAACUGCUACUGAUGGAGUCGGCACUUCUGCCUGCGGCACCAGAACUGGCGCCAUCUGUGAGGAGCACUCCGGGACUGGCGUGCAGGAUGGGAACGACGCAGAGGCACUCUGCAGCAUUGGAAACUGACGGCCACGGGAGCACCACAGCCGGCACUGGGGGGAAGAUGUGAGCUCAAUCAACUCACGAGCUGCAGCAAAUGUGCCCAGGGUCGAUGACUGUGGGACCUCCUCCACUGACAGGUCCUGGACUUCAGGGCUACACAUGGUCUGCAUAUGAGUACUCCUCCAAAUCAGAUGCAGAGUCAAUGACAUCGAGGACAUCAUCGCAUCGCUUCUCUAGGUCGGGCUGGUCCUGGUCCUCAUACUGAUCCUGGUCCCGGCAUUGUUCUGGUUCCCGGCACUGUUCCUGCUCGCGGUGCCACUUGGGGCAGGCCAGCCCACUGCCAUCUCGGACGUGGCCCCCACAGUGGCAGCCACCAGCUCAGUGGCCUCCUGG